AUGGAAAGAGUCUGUUUGAAUUGGAGUGGAGGGGCUGCAAUUCUAACGGCCCCACGUAACCGAUGCCAGGUCACUUGGUUCGGUGGUGCUCCGCCGCGCGCGCUGGAGCUGCCACCGCACAUUUCUGUGGAGCGCUUGGAGGCUCGGGAGCAGAGAGGGAGUCGAGGGAGUCGAGGGGUGUCCGGGCCGAAAGGGCGAGUUCGAGCCGCAGAAGCCAAAGCUGUCUAUGACCCCACCAUGGCUGACCGGCCUGGGCCGCCGAUGAAUUCGAGACUGCAGCAGAUGCUGGAUUUGGGCUUUGACGAUGCCGCGGGGCUGCACCCUGCGAUGGACGAGAAGUGCGGUCAGCUGGCGGAGCAGCUGGAAGCAGCGCAGCAGCGGCUGCAGGAGCUGCAGGGCGAGUUGGAGAAAUCCCGGACGGACGAGGCGCGCACGGCGCAGAAGCUCCAGAGCUUUCAGCAGGUCAACCGCUCCCAGAGCGCCCUGGUCCGAGGCGAGCUCCAGAAGACGCGCAAGAAGCUGGCGCACGUGCAGUCGGUGGCGCAACGGCUCAAGGACCAAGUGGGCUGGUUCCAGUCCAAGGCUCCAAACCUCUCCCUGCCGGACAACCUGAUGAGUAUGCCCACAGAAGAGGAUGCUGCAGAGGAUCAUGCGGAGCUGGUGCAGAUGCACGAGCGCUGGGAGAAGGAUGUGGCACAAUUGGCCGCUGAGCUCUCCGGCAAACCUGUCAGCGGUGGCAAGGAGCUACAAGAGGCAAGGAACCGCAUCGAGCUUCUUGAGAAGCAGAUGAAGCAGAAGAAUGAGUCGGGACGAGUCUAG